GAGAGCAGGGAAAGGAAAUGCAGCUGAACGAAUACGCUACGUGUUUUAACCUAAAUAGUGUUAAAACAACAUCUUAUUGUUUAUGUUGUUUAUGUUAUUUUAUUAAUUAAUCUAUGUGUGGGAAACACUCAGAGAUAUUUCUCGCCAAAGGGAAAUCACAACCAAUCGGAUUCUGAUGAAGUCACUAUUCACAGAAAGUUAAGUCACAGCUCACAGCAAAGAAACCAAUGGAAUCUUUCGCACCUGCAUCAUGCAACUGCUUCAUCAGGAUGUGGGUAUACUUAAGCGCUGCGUUAACUGUGGCUCACACUACCAUCAAAAUCUAGCCUUGAUGUUUCAGUUGACAGUUUCAUAUGGUCCCAGGGUGUAGAACUCAACACAGUAUGUUAAGAAUGAUAUUCUGAGGCAUUUAAAUGGAAAUAAUAGCCUACCCCAAACAGUAGGCACUACGAACUGUAAUUCCUGUAGAACAAUAUAUAUUUUGGGUUCUAUGCUAAAUAAGUCUCAAAUAACCAAAUGUGAGAGUUAAUUAUUACAUCUUGGUGGAAAAUAUUUUUUUGGGGAGUGGACUUUGAACAAUGACACAAAUCCACCACUGGAUUCAAACUGUGGAGAUUUAGGUUAAAGACAGGAAAAUACUGUAAUUUAGUUAGAAACAUGAAAAAAUACACAUUUCUUCUGAGGUCUCAUUUUCAAAAGCAGAGAUACCAGUUACGCACACACACAUCUAUUGUGUCCCAGCAGUGGGUCACUGUGACCUCUAGCCAUGUGGUAUGUUAACACAAGAGCGCUAAUCUCAAUCGCUGACCAGGCAGCCAACAAACACCGCUGUCGCCAUUACUACUGCAAUCCAAACAGCCACCCAGCCAGCCUGCAAGCCAAAUCGGCCAGACAGAUAUUUCAUCAAACAAACCAAGACACAGAGACCUGCUGUCACCAAAGAGAACACGUCUAUUUCCUACAAACCCCUGCAGGAUUAAGGCAAAGGAAAUACACUGGGUCAGUCGACAGUUUAUAGAGGGAAACUGACAGAAGUUGCAGAAGUUAGUUGGGGGGCGGGGGGGGGGGGGGUGGGAAGAGAAGAAAAGGAAGGUGAAGAGACAGGAGCAGGAAAGGGGAAGCGGGUGGGUGGAGUCUUGUCUGUAAAAAAAAUAAAAUAAGUGCCUGUGUGAAUGUGUCAGCAAGACAACCAGGCAGAGCCAAUCCCUCCAGGGAGAUGCAGAGCGAGCACCUCGCUUCCAGAGAAGAGCGCGAGACGACGCCGCCACCACCACGACCGCACGCACGCGCACGGGCAGUCUCCCGGGCCGACCCCCGCCUAAGACAACAACAACAUAACCGAGAGUGCAGCCUGGCAACACACACCACUGUUUCAGCUCCAGCCCAGUGCUACUGCUGCUGCUGCCACUGACGACCAUGGCUCCUGUCCUCCUGAGUGUGCGUCUGGACGGAACCCUCUGACACGGCCAGCGCUCACCAUGGUCGAGGCCGUGGCUACAGCUCAUGUUUAAACCCCCUUUUUUUGCAUGGAAGGAGCCAGGGGUUAACUGCAGUUGAGGUGAGUGGCCGUGGGUCUUUGGGUGUGUACAGUGGGGUCAGUUGCUUUCUAUUUGUUCAUUUGGUCCAAAUCAAAAUGGAGGAGGCAUGCUGUUGUGUGUUUUGCCUUCACGUGAGAUGAAAUGGAAUUAUUUAUCCUGCUAUUUUAGGAAGCAGUGCGUAGAUGGUGCACUUCAGCAAAGGGUUUGUUUUGACGCUCACUAGCUUUAUUUAAAUGGCAGUGAAGGGAGUUUUAAUAGCCUCUUUCUCAAAACAACAUUUCUCAACGUCAGUUUAAAAGUUUGAUGCCCUGGGAUUACGUCAAACAUCGACUUCAACAAAAUAAUUAUUAGAGCAGCUCAAUGACUGAAAUCAUGCAAACAACAGGCUUCUUUGUCCUUGUGACAAAGUCAGCCAACGUUCAGAUAAAUAACUGAUGCUCCAUUCUUCCCCUAUCUUUAAAAGGAUGUGGAUAGUGGAGAUUGAAUCAUGUCUGUGCAAUCUUGUCAUGUCCUAAUAUCUUGCUGUAGACCAAGAGACAUCAUUUGAUCACUUCUAUAGCGGACACAGUGUCCAAAUCUCACCGGUGAGUAAGGCAACAGGCUUUGGGUGAAUACAUUUCUCCGAGGUGCUAUUAGUCAACUCCCUCGAGUAGUGUUUAGACCCAACACGGGGGGAUGGGGGGGUAUAGUCACCCUCCUUUUUUAUAGAAACUGAAUAGUCUGUCGGUGAGCAGUAUUAAACUGCAGGUACACAGACCUGCAAAGCUUCAGCUGUGUCAACAAAGAUAAAUACUAUUAGGAUUCAUGGAAAUGAUCUCUACCAUCAUCGAUGAAAUAUGCAAAUCAUUUUCAACGAGGGAGUAUUUGGUCGGGGGGAGGACGAAGAAGGAAACAAUGUGUAAAGAAUUCUAAGAAACACCUCUUUCCUGGUUGCUGCAACGUCCGUUUCCUCCACAACCGUGAUUCAUUUUCAAAGCUAUGGGUGGCUUUAAUCUUUCACUGUCUGUGAAUCAAGAUUGGAACACUGUUCCUGAGGAGUACUGAGGAGUCUUGUCUGGUUGCGAUACGGUAACUGUGGCCGUCAUGGUUACAGGAGGUUGCAAGAAGGGGUUGGUGUCGAGCCGGAAUACUAUGCUCCAGCUUGAGGGCACCAAGUGCAGCUUCUUGUUCUGCCUGGGAAUCUGCAUCCUCCUCUGCUUCGUCAUCCACCUGAGGACCCGGGCUCCCGCAGGCCCCCAUGCCCAGAGUGGGCCCCUCAGCUGCAGGGCCUUCUCCACCUACUGCCAAACCUUCCUCCCCAGCACCACCACCGACGAAACCCUAUUGCAAUCCCAUGACUGCAAGGUGGAGAGUGAGGAGGGUCUUCUAGAACAUGUCAGCAGCCAGGUUCUAGGCUGCCCACAGCUGCUCAGAGACCUCCACUUCAUCACCGGCUCUUUGAGCCGCGAGGAGGAAGACUAUCCCUUAGCCUUCAUCCUCACCGUCCACAAGGAGCUGGCGCUGUUCAUCCGCCUCCUACGGGCCAUAUACGCACCCCAUAACGUCUACUGCAUCCAUGUGGAUCUCAAAGCCUUGCCGGAGUACCGGGCCGCCGUCGAGCAUGUGGUGGGCUGCCUUCCAAAUGCCUUCCUGUCCAGCCACAGCGAGACGGUGACCUACGCGGGCUUCACCCGUCUCCAGGCCGACAUCAACUGCAUGAGGGACCUGGUGAGGUCCCCGGUGGCCUGGAGGAAGGUCGUCAACCUCUGCGGCCAGGACUUCCCCAUUAAGAGCAACCUGGAGCUAGUACGCUACAUGCAGAGCAAGGAGUGGAGGGACCGAAACAUGACCCCUGGGGUCAAGCAACCCCCAGCUAUGGGGCACAGGACCCAGUUCCAUCACCGGGAGGUCAAGGGCUCUCACGUUGUCCAAUGGGGGAAGGACCAGAAGAAGCCCCCGCCCCAUGGCCUGGAGGUUUACUUUGGUACGGCUUACUACGCCCUAACCAGGCCCUUCGUGGACUAUGUUCUGAAGAAUCAGGUGGCCCGCGACCUACUAGAGUGGUCCAGAGACACUUUCAGCCCCGAUGAACACUACUGGGUCACACUGAACCACAUCAAAGGAGUGCCAGGAAGUGACUUAGAUGGAGGCUGGGAUGGAGCAAUCCGGGCGAUAAAGUGGAAAGAUCAAGAGGGAACCGCACAUUUCGGAUGCAAAGGUCGAUACGUCAGGGACAUCUGCAUCUACGGUCUGGAGGAUCUGCAGUGGGUCAUCGACAAAAACAGCAUGUUUGCCAACAAAUUUGAGAGCGGGAACUUCCCAGUGGCCCUGGACUGUCUGGAGCUGUGGCACAGAAACAAGGUCCUGCAGCAAGCCUCCGUGCCCAUAGAGCCCUCCUGGCUCUUGGCCACACUGGCCAACAGCACCGUCUCCACCAGCAGCCCUUCCAACGCCACUGCGGGACUCUGAGACAGCAGCAGGUCUUCCGUCUGGAAGACUGCUGUGCUCCUAUUAAAGACAUGGCCCUCCAGAGAUUGAAGCUACGCUUUCUCACAGGUUUGAAGCUCGACCCUGCGCUAGAGAAAAGCUACUAUCAAAGGCUAGACUUGAUUGUAUGUGUGGUAGGAUGGUCCUUCAAACUCAAAGGUCCUGAUAAUGGCCAUAAUCUGGGAAGGUGAUAGAGGCAGUUUGGGGAAUCAAGCUUUUAUGACACAGAAACACCAUCUAAACAGGAUACUGGCAGCUAAAAGUGGACCCAGGCUCCAAAUGGUAGCAUGAGCAGGCUUAUGACAAACACAAAAAAACGACAUCUAAUUUUCUAAAUUCACAAUAUACUGAAAUCUUGCACAGAUGAUUAGACUAUGAGCACCGACAUAUCUUGUUUGGUUGAGACGCUCUGUGCUAAAAAUAGGCUUGGUGUAUCACUAAGGGCAGAGUGGCUUAGGGGAUGGCGCACUAAGAGACUCUCCAGAGUUCUCACAUGUCACAGGGGGUUAUGGGGCAUGUAGUCUGCUCUCACAGAGGCUAACUACAGACCCAUGUAGUCUGCUCUCACAGAGGCUAACUACAGACCCAUGGGUAUUCAGUCUGCAAAAUCCAGCUCAUAUGAUGUCAUCUUUUUUUGUUCUUCUUUUCUUAUUAUAAAUGUACUCUGCUGCUAAGUUUGAUCCCCACUGUAAAGAGACCUGUGUAUUGUUGAAUCCAUUGCUACAUUUUCUGGUGUUCGUUUUCAACAGCCCAUGGCUACAACUCCUGUUAAAGAAUUUGUCCUUGUUUUAAGGAUUCAGCCUAUUUUUUUAUUUUUUUUAUGAGCAAUAAAAACGAAUUGCUCACGCAAUGCCUUAUAGCUUCUGCUGCUAAUAACAAUGGAAGAUUGCUGUUACAAAAAGUGAACAUAAAUAAUAUGUAUUUAUUUAUUGUUUUAUUUAAUGUGAAACUAAAUUACGUAAACAAAAGUCUACUGAAAGUAAACUAUGUCAUAAGGUAGAAUACCUAAGCUACAACUGCCUGCUUUUAAAUGUUGUUUUAAACUAAAUGUACUGUUUUUGUUUGUUACAUCGGUGGUCAAAUAAAUGCAUUUUAAAAGUGCGUCACCCCCUUUCUGACACGCAUGUGCAACAAGGUACCCAAUUGACAUAAGUCCCUCUGUGUCCUAUCAGCUCACUGGAGGUCUGGGAAGACCUCCUGUGAGUUUCAGUGGCUCUCUGGUUUCCAUGGCAUUCCGUAUCAAAGCACUGCAGGCCAGCUGGAGCUGGAUUUUCCUGCAAUGUUGCCAAGACCCAUUGAUUGUCAGAGUGUGCUCAGAGACAAACCUUCUUGUGUAUCCUGUACCCUUUUAUCCAAAUGACCCCUCACCAUAGUAACUGAUUAUAAUGAAUAACCAACGGCUGGAAAAGAAGGUAACAGCCUAAUCUUGGUUACAGAUUUAUUCAUCAGUAAAGUCCAAAUAAAAAGAAUACUACUUUUGCUCUAUUUCCAGUCAAAGCACAGAGACUGUGUGGUUCACAUUAAAUCAUUGUAGACUGCGUAAUGUAACCCUAAUCCUAAAGAAAAUCAUGGUUUUCUUUUUUUCAGGGUUUUGUGUUUGUC